AAGGAUGGGAGAUCAAACGUUGUCCUCUGCUCUGAUGACAGAUGGAGCAUCCUUCGUUGUGAGCAGCAGCACCCAGCAGGAUGACUGGUCCCCUCGCGCUCUGCUGCCUUCUCCUCUCCGCUCACACUCUCAGUCUAACAGCUGGCUAUUUGACUGUAUCCAUUGAGCCUCUUCCUCCUGUUGUCAUUGGAGACACAGUAACACUCAAGUGCAACUUCCAAACAGACGGGAACCUCCGAGAGAUUGUGUGGUUUCGGGUGAGCACGCAGGUGAUUGAAGGAGGCAGUGCCAAGCAGAAGAUUUUCACCUAUGAUGCCAUGUACAACACCAGCUACUCCCACUUGGAGGACAACCGCAGACGAGAGGACCUGGUCUACCAGUCGACUGUGCGGCUUCCUGAGGUCCAGAUGGAGGAUGACGGCCUGUAUGAGUGCCAUGUGGGGAUCUAUGACAGGAGCUCCACAGACAAAGUGAUUCUAGCCUCUGGCAGCAUCACCCUCACUGUCAUAGUACCUCCAAAGUCUAUCUCUGUGGUGGCAGCCAACAGCCCAGCUCCUUUCAGCCGCUACGAGGCCCAGAACUUCACUCUGGUUUGCAUUGUUACAGGAGCAAAGCCAGCUCCCAUGGUGUACUUCAAGCGGGAUGGGGAGCUUAUUGAUGUGGUGCCAACUGCCCAGUUUUCCUCCCCAGUGGAAGACCAAAGCAAGGGCCCAGGUCUAGAAAAGAGCAGGGACAGGACCCAGGCGGGGCUCUGGAGCCCCCGGGCUCUCACCAGUCGAGACCUUGAUGACACCAAACUCAAGAAGUCCGUGUCCCUAGUGGAACCAGAGGUGAAGCCGGCUCGGCUGGGCCAAGACGGCCCCGAUGGCCCCGAUGGUCCCGAUGGCCCCGAUGGUCCCGAAAAGGGCCGAGAUCAAGGGUCCGAGUCGGACCCUGAGACAACCACAGAGGUGAUCCCCGAGACGGUGGUUAGCCGGGAGUUUCCCCGCUGGGUCCAGAGCAGCGAUCCGCUCUACUACUUCCAGCACCGGCAGCAGGCGGUAGGGGAUGGAACCAUGGAGGUGAGAGCCGAGCUCACUUGGAGCCUCAACCCCCAGCUGGACAACGAGGCUCUGUUCAGCUGUGAGGUCAACCACCCAGCUCUGUCCAUGCCCAUGCAGGCUGAGGUCACGCUGGCUGCUCCCAGAGGACCCAAGCUGACCAUGACGCCCAGUAAGGCCAAGGUGGGAGACACGGUGAGGAUCACUGUCCAGGGCUUCCAGCUGGGACCUUCUGCAAGCGAGGUCUUCCCUCAGCCCAUAUUCACGUGGACCAAGGUCGGCGGGACUCUGCUAGACGGCAGAGAGGAGCAUGGCGGAAGGGAACUCAUCCUGGAGAGAGUUCCUGCUGAGCUCAACGGCUCCAUGUUCCGCUGCACGGCCCAGAAUCCUCUGGGAUCCACAGACACCCACACCCGCCUCAUUGUGUUCGACAACCCAAGACUGAAGAAAGGAAGACAACAAUUCAUCGCCAUUGACGCGGCGGUCGGUCAGCGCUCCCUCACAUUAACCUCCAUGUUGCUGCUGCUGAGCUUCACAUGCGAGCUGACGUGACCCGAGGCUCUGCUGCUCCUCCACACACCGCCACCCACAUCUACCUGAGGCACCAGCUCUUUAAUGCCCCCCCCGGCAGUAGCUAAACCCCCACCCAGCUGUUCCAGCGGCGCUGAACAUUAAAGGUGCAGCAGGACUUCAACCCUGGUGGAGAGAAGACGGAUACAGAAACAGCAGCAUCGGCCACAGAGCAAAGGUCCAGAUGCUGUGCAGCAUGCCGUCACACUGUGAACAACUCUGCUGAUGGGUCACUCUACUCGGACUGAUUAUGAGUUUGUAUGCAUCCUACUGAGGGAAACAUUGGACGUAGUGUGCGGGAUGUCACCUCCAAAUAUAUACAGGGUUCAAACUAGAUCCCAGGGAAUAAUGGCAGUGGAGAAUGGUCCUGAUAGGCUAAAGCCUGGCCAAUCAGCAUCCACCCAGCUGUCAUGUGGACACCAGACCAGAUAAAACCAGUGUGCUCCUUAUGGGACACUACAACAGAUAGAUAGAUAGAUAGAUAGAUAGAUAGAUGGAUUGAUAGAUAGAUAG